AUGAACAAAGACAUAAUAAUAGAAGCAGAAGAAAUAAUUCAGACAGGAAUGAAAAAAGAACAGCUCUUGGAGUUCAUUGAGCUUGUCUCAGACAGAAACAUCUCUUGUAAUGGUGUAAUAGAAAUGGCCAAAGAGCUAAGCAGAUAUUAA